AUGCCCCGAACCUCUGCCGCCGUGCUUACCUCUGCCGCCGUUCUGUUGACCUCUACUGCGGUGGUCUGCCGCCAUGCUGUUGACCUAUGCGCCUUGUUGAUGUCCCUCAGCCUCUGCCAGGAGCUACGCCGCCGCGAUGCUGCCACUGAUGUCCACCUGCACCGAACCUCUGUCCAUCUAGACAGACCUCUGCCAUGCCUUCAAGUUGAUCACAGCCUCUGUGUCUUACAACCAUUAAUAAAGUGUUUGGCUCUAAUGCCAUAUCUUUCAUUG